AUGCAUUCACUAUGGUUUUUAAUUGUGAUUACCAUAGUGCGAUGUCAGGACGAGGUGUCGACCGAUACACCUUCAAUUUAUUACACGGAACCAUCGAUUCCCACGAAUGACGCCAAGGAUCUCAUGGAAUUGUCGGGGGGGCACAUUAUCGCGGGUCAGAGGAUUUUGGAGAGGUCGAAGAGUCCUUAUGUCCUGCGGGAGGAUCUUUAUGUCGAUCGCGAGGGCGAACUCGUUAUUGAGCCCGGGGUUGAGAUCCGGUUUGCUCCGAUGAUCGGUAUCACUGUUCGAGGCAUCAUCACUGCCAAGGGCGAUUCAGGUGUACCGAUCGUUCUCACGAGUUCGGAGGCCCCGUCCAGUCAGCCUGAGCCGAGGUCCAUUCGCUUGGUCGAUGGGCCAAGUCCCCUAGAAGGUAGAAUACAACUUCUCCAUCAAGGAUCAUGGCGAUCUGUCUGCACGAACUCUCGUAACUGGACUCGAGCAGAUUACGAGACAGCAUGCAGAGAGCUCGGUUUCCAGGGUGGCAAUUGGUCGGGUUGGCUGGACCGCCUGUGGCCGGCAACACCGCGUCUGCUGUACGAGGAGCCAGGAUGUCAAGGGACCGAGUCGUCGCUGCAGGAGUGCGCGCAGUGGUCGUCGAGACAAUUGGGUGCCGGAGUCUGCGACUACCACCCAGACCUCAGUAUCGCCUGUUCUCCACGUCACGAUGGAGCUGGACAGGCCAAGAAUCACUGGCGGGGGAUAAGGUUCGAGGGAGCUGUGUUCGAGAGGCCUUUAAUCCAGGAGAACACCUUCUACGUGAGGAGAUCCAAGUCCAUCCUGCGACAUGUGACCAUAAAAUACGCUGGAACCGGCCGGGACUUCAACGCGACCUCCGCCCUCCACGUGGAAGGUGUUCCCCCCCAAAUGGAAUGGAUCUCCAUCCUCCACUCCUCGUACACGGGUCUCAACGUAACGACCCCCGACGCCCCAAUAGUCCUCACCAACUGCACAGUCCGCAACAACCAGGGCUACGGCAUCUACAUGAACAGCUCCACCGGCCUGGCGCACAUCGACAACUGCGUUGUCCUGGACAACGCAGCUGACGGAAUAAAAUACGUGCACAACGACGAGCGUCCCAGCGACAGACUGGACAGAGCAGACGUCUUCGACCUCUGCACAUUCCCCACCACGACUAGCCAAACCUUCCCCAUAACGAUCUCAAUGGAGCAAACAAAGUACUCCCAGAACACAAAACAAUGUCCCCAACACGUGUUCACGCGUCCCGGGCACGUGCUGACGCUGCAGUUCCUGCAGAUGCGAACCGACCGAAACGACAGCGCAACGAUCGAAGUCUACGACGGGAUCUCGAUGAGCGAUAAGCUCCUGGCUCACGUCAGUGUCCGAAAUAACACACUUCCCCAGAGUGUGACGUCGACCCGUCAAAACUUGUACAUAAAGUUCACCGCGCAACCGCGAACGCAGAUGGUCGCCUUCAUAAGGCUGUCCUCCGGCUACCGAAAGCUGUACGAUCUCAACGUAACAAGCAGCUCGAUAGCGGACAAUAACGGCCGAGGAAUAGCCGCCGAGAACAUCCGCUCGUCCCUCCACAUCCACGACACAUCAGUCACCAACAGCAAUCACAUCGCCGGUGUUCAUGUGCUGCGCGGUGCAGCAGACGUGAACAUCACGUCCAGCCGAAUAUCCUACAACAACGGGGCUGGCAUCAACAUCACGAUGACCGGGGGCUACCGCAACGUCUCCCGAUCGACAAUAUCGUCGAACCAAGGAUACGGACUCGCAGUCUGGCUAAACGACAGCGUCUCCACGGAGUACAUUCACUUCAACCAGUCCACAGUCGUGGAAUACUCAGAGGUCUUUCGUAACAAGGAUAUCGGGGUGUUGAUCGGUAAUUCCACUGGUGUAUCCUACGUCAACAUCACGGGGAACUGCUUCAACAGCAGUGCGGAGACAGCGAUUCAAGUGGAGUCUAACUGGCGGUACAACCAGGGAACGCUUAAACUGCAGAUCGGUCACAAUUUGUUCGUGGAGAAUAAAAAACUGGGGAUCAAGAUGACGCCGGCGUUGAACGUCGAGGGUAGGAUUGAGUACAAUCACUUCAGGGAGCAGAGCUUCGGGGGCAUUCUCAUCAGAAAUCCCCUGCACGAAGAGUUCAACGUACUUCCCGCUGAUUUGCUCCUCCAGUACAACGAGUUUUACAGCAAUCGUGGGAUCUUUGUCGUCAGCAUCGGGCUGUCGCCCUACAGCGAUGUUCAGAGGCUCGUCUUCACGCGUAACUUCUUGCGGGAGAACUUCAUCAAGGCGCCAUUCGAUAACAGCGACAUGCAGGGGUCGAGGCUGGUCCCCAGGUCGAGGGUUGCUGCUGUCCUAGUGGUGUCGUCCAGCAAUGUUCACGUCUUCAGGAAUAUUCUGCAGAAUCCUCACUCGAAGUACGAGAUUGGGGCGCAUUUGGAGGAUCAGAGCAAGAUUCUUAACUGCACGUACAACUGGCUGGGACACACUGAGGAGCAGAAGAUACUGGAGAGACUGUUCCAUCGUAAAGAUCGGUACAAUCUGGCUAAGAUCGAGUAUCUUCCGUAUCUGCUGCAUAACAGUAAUCCCGCGGCUAAUACGAUUGUCGAGCGUCCGCAGUUCAUUCCGAGGUUCUUGGAGGAGGAGAGCAAGAGAGUUGGGGGUGAGGUUGAGGGGCUCGAGGUGCUUCCAGCUGGGGAAUACAUUGUCGAGAGGGAUAUUAAUGUCCGACCUGGGGGCAAACUGAUUCUACAGCCUGGGGUGACCCUCAAGUUUCCACCGGCCGUCGGCAUGAUGGUCGCUGGGAAAUUAGACGCAAAAGGGAGGGGGCCUAACAGCAUUCUUAUGACGCUGAAAGAGGAGAUUGUCGUUGAUAGUGAUAACCAGAGCAUGAGCUUGGGGGACAUGACGAGCCCUGGAGAAGGGGCGACUGGUGGUAAUAUUGUUGAUGAUGCUGAGAGCGUGCCUGUCAGGCUUCUCGGUGGGAGGACCAGUCGCGAGGGACGACUACAGGUCAGGAUUGGAGAGAAGUGGGGGACUGUUUGUAAUUAUGGGUGGAAUAUUUUGGAUGCCGCCCUUGUCUGCCAUCAGCUGGGGUUGACACUCGACCCUGAUGACUGGAAUCUGGAGAGAUCGCAGAUACCCAGUGCUGGGACUAAUGAGGAUAUCAUUCUGAGUAAUGUACGGUGCGAUGAAGAGGAUAUUGAUAUCGCUGGGUGCAAGGCGGAGAGUGCCAGUGAGUUUGAGAACUCUUGUACUCAUGAUAAUGAUGUAGGGAUCCGGUGCUCUGAGGCGGCUUGGGCGGGACUCAGGCUUGGACCUCUCGCUGAGAGGAGCGAUCUACAGUUUAUCACAAUCGAGAGGGCUGGCUUGUUGGACUACAAAACGAAUUCGUUUAAACCAGCCCUCCAGAUAGACUUCGCCCGUCACUCCCUGGAAGGCAUAAAAGUAACAAACAAUCUCCAAGACGGCCUGGGAAUAAUCUACUCCGACAUAUACUCCGCAGACGCUGUAAAUACAGUUAAAAACAGUGACUUCUCCGGCAAUCGUGGUAGCGGAAUAAGUUUCAAGCAGUUAGGCCUCCGAAUCGCAAACUCCAGAAUCGAGAACAACGGAUUCGCUGGAAUCAGGCAUAAUCCUGCACUCUCUGCAGUACAGCAAAGAGAAUUUGCAGGAUGGUUCAUGCAGCCCAUGACCCAGACAAUCGACAAGCCCUACGAGCCCAUAAUGAUCCCCGACAACUCUCAGAACAUUGACCUCAUCACCGGUGACAUAAAAUACAUUGUGACCUCAAAACGUCAAAGUGAGGAGAGCCUGAAGCGUCUGAUCCAGAUAAGAUGCACCCCUGGGUACGUCAUAGGUCUUCAACUGCUGAAUCCCAUUGAAAACAGGAGCACAGAGCAGAUAAUAAUCUACGACGCAUUGAGAAUCAACCCCUGGAGCACAGUUUACCACCUGAAAAGGGACUUGGCAGUCUUCCCAGUAUCUUCCAGCUCCUUCAACGUGAUCCUGGAGUACCACAGCGGCACCAACGCCCUGGGAGGUGCUGUCCUAGCAGUGACAACCCUCCCAUCUCCAGCCCAAAACAUAAGAAACAGAAUUGUCACUGGACCAACGCCCACCCUUUUAGUAUCUCGAUCGAAGAUCAAGGGAAAUAGGAGAGGCAUCUCAGCGUCCUACUACAACCGCUACCUCGACGAGUUCGGUAAUCACUUCCUGAGGAAGUCCAACGAGUCAAUCCGCCUCAUCAACUGCGAAAUCUCCCACAAUCAAGAGGAGGCCAUUCACAUUCUCUCCCCUCACUGGAACAUCUACACCUCCAACAUAUCAGAAAUUGCUAUUCACGCGAAUAACACAUUAAUCACGGACAAUGGCCGGGGCAUUUUGCAAUACAGUAGGGACAUGAGACAGUCGAACAAUUUGUUCCACUGGAUCAUGCAGGACAGCUCGAUCGAGAGGAAUCAGGGGGGCGGCUUCGAGGUGGCUUUGCCAUACGUCUGGCAGUACAACGAGAAUUUCACUCACUCUUUGUAUUUUGGCAACAACACCUGGAGGGAUAAUAACAAUUUUGGAUUCAUUGUUGAUGGACAUUACGCAAGCUUGAAUAUUUCCUUCAACAAAUACGUUGGGAAUCGGUGUAAGAAUGGGCUUAUAUCGAUCCGAGGGAUGGAGAAGCGAUUGAAAAUCGAUAAUAAUGUUAUUGAGAAGAACAGUGGGUCGUUCAUGGUGGAGUUCAAGGCUGACAGUCAGUCUGAGAUCCUUGGGGAGAUCCCAGCUCGUUUCUACUUGAACGAAAUCCGAGAGAAUUCUAAUGGAGUUGUGGCCAGGGGCAUUCAUCAGAUGUUUGACAAGCCUACUUAUGUCGUUGGCUUUCAAGGGAUUCAGAAGGUCCAAGUGAAUCGUAACUUGUUUGGUGGCAACAGUAUGAAUUACGAGCUGGUCGCAGGCAUUCGAACUGCUAAGAUUAAUAACGAAGUGGAUGUGACUGAGAACUGGUGGGGAACCUCUGACGAAGGGCUGAUCAAGAAGGGAAUCUUUGACUUUGAUGACUGGAAUAAUCAUGCUGUGGCCAAUUUUAGGCCCUACUUGACUGGUGACUCGUUUGACUCGUCCAUCUCAGCUUCUUGGGAGCUGAGACCCACCGUUGAUCUCGAUAAUCUUGGAGGGAGAAUCACUGAGAAUUUGUCGUUGUACUAUCGUCCAACUCCUUAUAUCAUCAGAUCGGAUAUCACGAUCAUGCCCGAUGUGACUGUUAAUAUUUAUCCGGAUGUUGUGAUGGAGUUUGCGCCGAAUGUUGGGAUUCUGGUGUUGGGGACUUUGAAGGCUGUUGGCGCACCUGGACAUGAGAUUGUUAUGAGCCCAAUGGCACGGGAUGACAGCUUGCUGCCGAAACCCGUUGCCAGGAGGGCCGCGGACAAUGGGCCAGAGGGAACAAUCCAGCUGUGUAAAGAAGGUAAAUGUUCCUCGUCCAACAACGAGGGUUUCAUCGAGUUCUUCAAUCGCACAACACUCCAAUGGAUCCCCCUCUGCGACCGUCGUUUCACGGAGCGAAAUGCUCAGGUCGCCUGUCGUCAGCUAGGCUACGACCCGCUGAACAUCUACGUGUCCCACAGUCGUCGUUACGAGCUGCACCCAGGUUCCUUAGCAAGAAUUUGGUCAUGGCCGGAGCCCAUUCAAUGUUCUGGCCACGAGGAGCGUCUCGAGGACUGUCAAAUCCGCUUAAACGGUCAACUCUACGGUCACAAGUACGACUGCCCCUGGGACGGUGACUACGUCUUCGUAAACUGUGGCAAGAGAAAUCUAGAAGUCACCAAGGACUACUGGGGAGGCAUCAGAAUAGCCAACAGCGAGUUUGAGCAUCACCUCUACGAACACAGAAUCCACGACGUCCUGACCCACGAGACCUUCCGAAGGGUCGAGUCAGUCCUGAGAUACGUCAACAUAAGUGGCGCUGGAAUUCUUCACAACGAGAAAUCCCCGGCUAUUCAAUCAGUCAUGAAGAGCCCAGUUGUGUCCCACGUGGAAAUCCUGAAGUCCGCCUACCACGGGAUCAACCUGAUCUCCCCUACUCACACAGUCGAACUACUCUUCAACAUAAUCAACAACGCCCUGGGUAACGGAGUUAAUGUGCUAUCAUUAACUGGCGAAGGUCGAGAAGCUAACGAGAGCUCGUUUACUCCCCUGAAAGACCUCAAUAUUCCCUAUCAUUUGUUCAGCUUGGUCGACAUCUGCGACACGACCAAGGAGGUCACCAUCGAGGAGCGAGUCCUCAUUUACUACAAAUACGACAACAAUCCUGUCAAUUGUAUCAAGAUAUUCAGAAGCACGUACAGGGCAAAACCCUUUGGCUUCAGACUGUUGCAGUUCAAUCUUUUUAAUUCGACUAAAAAUCCUGGGCGACACGAUGGCAUCACUUUGUACGAUGGGGAUAUUUAUAAUGUGAGUGCUAAGACCAUUGGUGAGCUGGAGUUCAAUAGCAAGGACGAGAAGAAGUUGUUCAGAACUGAGGGACCCAGUCUCAGUGUCAGAUUGUUUGCUAAUGGAGCCAGUGGCAUUCAUGGAUUCAUCGCUGAAGUUGUGACUCUUCCAAUAUCAGCCAUUGGAUUUAAUCGUGAUGUUCAGCAUAAUAUAUCGUAUUCAAUAAUUUCACGUUGUCAAGAGGGAGCUGUUAAAUAUUCGAGUGCUGGUGAGGUGAAUGCAAUCAUGACACUUGAGAAAAAUCAGUUCAUUGAUAAUUGUCAGAAGCUCUACGGUAAUUUCUCGACGUGCAAAUCAGCUGUUGUGUUGGACGUGCAGAACACUCAGUCCCUGUUCUUCAGGAAUAAUCUUGUCAGGAGGAAUCAGGGGGGUCUCUCCAUUCGUGCAGACUCCACGGGAUCGGCUACGUCGUUGAAGGGUUGGAUUCAUAAUAACUUGUUCGCUGAGAACUGGAAUAAAGCUGCGCUGUUUGUCGAGGGGAAGCAGAGCAGCCCUUAUCAGGAGGUCACCAUCUUCAGGAAUUACUUCAUGAAGAAUGAUGCUCCUUAUGACAGCAAUAUCAUUUUGAGGCAGGUGGUCAGCAAUAUGACGCUUAAUUAUUUGCACGCCAAUUUGGGACUUCAUUUGCUGGAGAUCUGUGGAUUCGAGAGGGUCAGGCUCCCCAUUUAUCAGAGCACUUCGCAUAAUGGAUUUUAUAAAAAUUAUGCAAUUGAUCGAGAAGGAAGAAGCACGAUUGUAGCUGGUACCCCUGGCCAACAAUACGUGGACAACGUAUUCUUCAACCCCGACAACGACUACGAAAUUCUGACAAUAAAUCGCUCGAUAGUUGUCGGCACGGAUUGGUACCUUAACCAACUGGAAGUCUGGAGAUCUCACGUGGAUGCAAAACACAACUGGUGGGGCUACAACGAGACAACAGCAGUUGCAGGAAGGAUUCGUGAUCGUAGUGAUUCACCAGAGCUCCUCCAGGUCGAUUACACGCCCUUCCACAUGAACAAUGAAUCUGUCUUGAGUGGAAAGUGCCCCCCAGCCUGGGACUUGGUCGGUGACACCUGCUACAUCUACAUCGGCGCCCCAAUGGACUUCUUCAGCGCUCGAGAAUUUUGCAGGCAGGCGAAUGCCUCCAUGCCCUUCAUCAUGGGCGAUUACCUUCAGCUCUGGAGAUUUCUGAGAAAACAGCAGGAACGCUUCGAGUAUUCAGAGCGUGUCUGGGUGCAGCAGUUGGAGCGCAUCGACCAGUGCACAACAUUCACGUACCAAACCAUUGAAAUUGACCAUUGCAGUCAGCCGAGCCCCUUCAUUUGCGAAAUUGACCCCAGAGUUUACAUCGAUCCAUUGUCGUGGAGACGAGACAUCGUCGCUGUGGGUGUUUUGGGCGCAAUUGGAGCGGCUCUCGCUCUUUUGGCGGCUGCAAUUGGAUUUUGGAUUUCAAAGUCCAAGAGACGAAAAAUUGAGAGACUUGAGCGACGUAACUCCAUCAGGCAGUCACUUCAUUCGUUGAAAUCGGUGGGAUCCACUUCGGGAUUCACUGAGCUGGCUUACAGGCGUAAACCUGUUCCUUCAAAAUCAACCGACACCUUGACAUCUCGCUCGCUCGACUACAAAAAAAUGAUGAACGGUGGUAGCAUAGAUUCAAUGGACAAAUCCCAGCUGAACUCCUCCAUGGAAGACAACCAGUCCUACGACGUCUACGAAGCUCAUAACCCCCGAUACUCCCCAAGCACCAGUGACUUCAAAGGGGCGCAAAAAUACGCAGUACCCCACGCAGAGACCGCCGUUUUCGACCUCGCCUACCGCAACGAGGGUUUCCGCAAUCACUCGACCUUCACCUCUCGAAAUAACAGUAAUUGGCCGUCAGUGGCCAACAGCGAAGUAAACCCGGGCGAUUCGCCAACCGAUCCAAUCGACGAAUCUACGUACAAUGCAUCAACCCUUCCCCUGAACGCAUCCCUAGCGAUGACUGAUUCAAUCACAGAAUUGAAACGUGACAUCGAGCCAGCACCCUAUUCCCCAGUGGAAUACUCAUACGACGGAGCACCAGCAACACCAGGAUCAGAGCCUGUUCCCGAAUACUUCAUUCCACCACUGCCACCACAACCAUAUUACUACGAAGAGCGACCACGAAGUGGAACUUUAUUAGAAACAAAUCUCGACACUGGCGAGGAGAAGCCACUUCGAUCGAAAAGCGAAGCACUGUUAGAAACAAAUUUCGAUGUUUUUCUUCCCAAUGAACCGACGGAGUUGACGCAGUUGUCAGCCGAUGCACGGAGCAAGAGCCAGCCGUUGGAGACGGCCAUGUAGUUUGGGGGUUUACUAUGACGAAAGUACAAAUGAAAUUUUAUUGAAAUUAUGGGAGUAAUUUAUGAUUUACUGUAAUUUAGGAGAAACGUUUUGAGAGGAUGUUGCCACAAUCCUGCUCUUAUCUGUCGCGUGUACAUAAGGAUAACAUCAUUAUCGUAUUGAUUCUCUAUUGAUUAGUUUUCAAUGAACUGUUGAUUAUUUUUGUGCAUGCUUGGGGCAAUUGUGUGAUUAAUUUCUCCCUGUUUUUUUUUUUGUUCAUUUGAGAUUAUGAAUUUUUGAGGAAUUAUGAGAGAGAGCACUACCAAGCUUUCGUACACGAGGGAAUAUUAUAAGUGAAAGUUUUUGUGAAUUGUGAUAUAGGAAACUCGUGGAAGAGUUAGCGAGUAUAAAUGAUCUAGUUGAUUAAGGAGAAUUUAUGAAUUGUAUGAAAUGUUUAUUUGCUAAUUGACGUAUUUUGCAUGAGUUUUACAUGAAAUGAGAUGUUCCUCGAUGGACGGACACUUCCAAUUAUUAUAAUUAUCAUUUAGACUGGCAUUCUUAGGGUAAAGUCAGACAUAAUCCGUCCAAAAAUCGUUGUAAGAUAGUCGGUAAUGAUUUUUAGUCUUUAUGAUGUUCAAUCGUCGUUUCGCUCUGCUGGGGAAGAAUGGUUAUUUAUAAUACCUUAGUGUUCGUAUUUCCUUCGAUAUCCCGAUUUUGCGUUUCUAGUUAUUGCAAGAACCCCGUUCUAGUAAUUAUUAAGUUUAUGUAUAAGUAAUGAAUUUUUGAUGAAUUGAUUGUUAGUUAUACAUACAUAAUAUUAUUGUCUUUCGCUAUCAUAAGAGAUUCCUUCAAACGGGAUUCUUUUUGCAUGACCAGUUACGAAUGAGGUUUUUUUAUAUUUUUGUUCAUCGAGAAAUUCAAACGACUUUGGAUCUAUAUAAUAGCCAUUAACUUCGUACUUAUUAAAGCAACAAUUUAUAGAUUAUUGCAAUAAACUUUUUUAUUACGAAUAAAACUUUUCUUUAUAGUA